UUUGACAAGCAAACAUUGUUUUGUUUACAGACAACUGCUACAUAUAUUGCAACUGUCAAUGGGAAAUACUCAUCAUCGUUUAAGUAACCAUUAAGUUCGUUAUCAAUUUAAUUUCUAUAGUGAUUAAGUGUUUGUUCACAUUUUCUUUGUAAAUAACCUUUGAAUUGUUGAUCAACUUGAUAUAAUCCGGAAGAGGUUUGGUUUCGGAUAAAAUAAUGAACUGAUUAUAAAAGACAGUUACCAUGACAGUAUUCAGGAAAGUUUGAAAAAACCGAGAGCACAGUGAGAGAUGAAGCGAGGCUGGUUGAAGGAUGGGCGGAUGCCAGGGAAGCCUACAAACCCUCACAAGUUACGUAGCCAUCUACGGGAAUUGGCAUACUUACAGUCUCGGGAACUAGUUACGCCCUGCAGACUUCUGCUUGUGCUUAUUGUUUCAAUCUGCCUGGUUCUGCUGAUUGCCUACAGCGUUGAUUACAAGGAAUACAUUAUAGACGAUACAGAUGAAGUGAACAUGACAAAACGUCCAUAUGUACAGGACCAUCAGUGUCUGAAGCAGACGAGAGAGGAAAUGCUGAGUCAUUAUGGGUAUUCACCGUCCUUUCAGAAAGUGGAAAAGCGGUCCUCUUUGUCCUUGGAAGAGUUCUGGGACCUCUAUGAUGCUAAGUGGCCUGUGAUAGUCCAAGACAUAGUCCCGGAUUGGGAGGCCUACAAAACUUGGAGUAAAGAAUUCUUCCUCAAAAACUACCGGCACCACAGAAUAAUGCUGAAAGCUGUGGAGGGUGUUUUGGAAGAAGGCGUAGCGUUUGUACGCAGCAUCGAGGAGUUUUUGUCGUUACUGGACCAGUGUGGGGACAUGCGGCACUGGUCGUACAUCGAGGACGAGAUGUUCCUGCUUCAACGUCCAGAGCUGAGGAGCCAUAUUGGCAAUAAUUACCUGCUAGAUGAGAAUUUCUUCAACCUUUUUCCUCCGCAAAUCCGACCAUGGGACUCCAUGUUACUCUGGGGAACAAAGUAUUCACGGUCCACACUCCAUAUGGAUCCCUAUAACUGGACAGCCGUGAGUGCCGUAAUAUGGGGCCGCAAACGUUGGAAGCUUUUCCCCCCUGGCCAGGAUACAUAUCUGUAUAUAUCUCCCAAACAACGAUGUGGAUUCCCUCUAGAUUGUAGAAAAUAUAACAGCAAAGUUGACAGCUUUGACGUGGACUACAUGUGGUAUCCAAAGUUUCAGAAGGCUGAGUACAUCGAAGUAGAACAGAAUAGUGGGGAAGUGCUGGUUAUACCCUCGGGCUGGUUCCACCAGGCUUUCAAUGAGGAGGAAACCUUAUCGAUCUCAACCCAGCUAAUGAACCGAAACAAUUACCUUGUGAUACUCGAGGAAAUCAUCAAGGGAAAGAACUUGAACAGGAAACAACUUCCUCCACACUUCAACACGCUUCUCCCCCCUGAUCAGGUCAAGCUUUUUAUGUCUUUGAUCCCAAAGAAAAUAUUGAAGCAAGGAAAAGAAAUUACAGACUUUGUGCUAGAGAGUGUGAAUAUGUCCAGCACACAGGACUUGGACAAUUCUGCAUUAGAAGAAGCUUAGAGAAAAACACUAUAUGUUGAAAAUAUGUUUAUAAAGGGAAACAUUUCAUUGCCUUCUUAAGAAACAGAUAAUUAUAUGUGUAGAUUGUCAUCCACGUUUUUGUUAUUAUAAAUAAGGUGGAUGAGAGAGACGCUUUUCAAUUAGUACCAUUUAUUGUCAUGUCUAUUUUUAAAUAGUCUGAUAAGCAAAGAAAAUCCCAUAUACCGUAAAUGUCUGGGUAUAAGACGAUAGGGGGCAUUAGACGCAGGGAAAAAAAUCUGUGAAAAGUCCGAGAAAAAAACUUUUAAUCUAUGUUUUUGGUUAAAAGACGCAUAGAAAAGAUAUCAAAUCGUCUGGCAUUUUCGGUCACCAUGUUUGUUGACAGUGACAAAAAAUAUUUUUUUCGUGAAAAUGGCGACGGUUAUCUUUAAAACCAUACAAUGAUAAACUGUUGAGAAUGAAAAGUUAAGUUAUGCAAAAGCCUUAUAUUGUACGGGUUUGUUCUCAAAAUGUCAACACCUACAGAAAAGAAUAAAGUACCGUAAUUCACCUAAGAGUUCGGACACUCUAAAUAUUCGGACACCCAUAAUUGUUUUCCAAAAUAAUUUAUUUUGCGUACAUAAUUUUCGGACACCCAAAGGACAUCAAUCAUAACUUUCACAGACAAAGAUUAUUGAUUUUAUCUUUACAAUGCCUGGCUAGAUUACCUAACUGUAUACACCACUGUGACAAGUUAAUUAGUUACUACCCCAUCCUAAACGAUUUAUUGCCUGUUGAAAAGGAAGUGUCAUAUAUUUAUUGAAGGAUUAAAAAAACAACAAGGGCAAUCAAGGGAUUAAGAAAACAUAAACAUGACAUGUUUGUAAAACGAUCUGCCAAUAAACUUUCAAACUUGUACCACACUUAUAGACUGUAAGAAGCAAUAAUCGUACAGUUAUACAUUAAUCCUGCAUGUUCAUGCUCUCCAGGAGAUCCUCGUGGGUAUAACUGUAAGUUAUGUGAAGUCACACAGUGUUACUCUUUGAUCUAAAGCCGAUAGAAUGUGUUUAUUCAAUUCAAUGCGUGUAUAAAAUGGUGUUUUAAAUAACUUGAUGAAGGAUUUUAUACACUUAUAGGCGUAAUAAAUAAGUUAAUGACCAUUGAUAAACAGGUUAAAAGCAGUCGAGUUUUUCACACCUUCUUGUACAACUGACAAAAAAUAUUUUGACAGUGCCCAACUUUGCUUUUUAUAUAUGCAAGUUUAAUUAUUGUUCAAUUCAAUUUAUUAUUCAAAAUAAUAUUGAAUAACUUUCAUCGAAAAAUCUUUUUGUUUAAAUUAUAAACGUCUUAUGAUAUACCGUAUCCCGAUCUUCAACUGCCGUUUUAACUCGUAUAUACUCGAUUGAUAUGACGCGAGUAACAUCCUUAUAUACUCGAUUGAUAUGACGCGAGUAACAUCCCUUUUUACAUAAAUCUAAACAAACUCUAGGCUUGAAAUCGACCUCAGAAAAAAAGUUAAAAAAUUGUUACUGGGUAUUAUACGCAGGCAUUUUUUUGCAUCGAAAUCUGAGGGGAAAAAGGGCGUCUAAUACCCAGUCAUUUACGGUAGUUGUAGCCUGAGCUUCACUGUGAACAUUGUCAGUGAGCAAUUUUUAUAACCCUUUGUCAAAUUUCAAAAAAACGUUCAAAUUAAACUACUGGUAAUUGAACACAUGCAUAGUAGGGGCUAUAACUCUUGCCUCAUUCAUCAUGGAGUUAUGCUAUUGCCCCUUUUUUUACUAAAAGACAACAAAGAGGCGUUCGCUCAGUGGCUCUUUUUGUUUUGACUCAUAAAAUAGGGUUGUCGGACAAGAGUGGAUUGAGAAAAAAAGGCUCAAAUAUUCUGUAGAAAUGUCUGAAUUGUAAAUUUGUAUUUUUUUUGGUAACUUAAAAUGGUAUAAGAUUGUGAUUUUUGGCUAUUAUAAUUAAAAACAUUCUGAACAAAAACAUAUUUUUAUAAAAAGAUGUAAUUCAUAUUGUAUUUUUGUUUUUACAGUUUUAACUUCUUUUUUAUGCCUCCCUUCUUAGAAGUGGGGAUAUAUUGCUUUGCAAAUGUUGGUUGAUACUCAUUUCGGUUGACCUGAUCUUAUUAGAUUGAUAUCUUCAAAAUGCUUUUUCCUAAGGUUCUUGAACUUGAAAGGGAGGUUGAUUAUUAUCAGCAGAUGACCCCUAUGAAUAUUAAGGUCACCAGCUCAAAGGUCACAGUGGUAAUGAUUUUGUCACAAAAAGCUUUUUUGAUUGAAAACAAAGAGUAUACUUGACCCUACGGUCCUCAAACUUGGUAGGUAGGUUUGGCAAGACUGGCUGAAUGAUGAUAUCUAGGUCUAAAAGAAGCAACAUUGGUUUGGGUUACCCCACCCAACCUACAAAAAAGGCUCAGAGUCUUCCAUUUUUAUAGACAGUUGGUUAAAAAAAACAGGAUUUUUUUUUUUAUUCUUAAGUGGGUGGUGUAAUUUGUAGUUUAAAACCAUUAAAGCUUUAUACAGAAAAAAAUAAAUGAAAUAAAUACCCUAUCUACCCUACCUGUUUUGGAAAAGGAUGUUAUCCUUACCACAACAAUUUUAUAUUUUUAACCCUAUUGACUCUGAGGUCAAUAGCCAAAUGACUGA